ACAAAAUUUCGCUUAGCAUGCCAACAGACGAAAUACAUUUGAAUUCAUUUGUACACAAAAUUAAAUUUAAAUCGAAUUAAGAGUUGAAUUAUAACUUACACAAUGCCGCCGAAACGAAAGUCAUCGAAGAGUAAGUCCAAGGAUAAGGAGGCGAAUAAGGUGUCACAAGUGGACAGAACCUUCUAUGAGCUGCAAAUCACCGACCUGAAUCAGAAGUUGGCCCGACUUCGGGCUCAUCUAGCGAGUCUCGAUGAGGCGAAUGUGGUGAUGACUGCCAAGCUGCAGGAUAUUGAUCAUGAUCGCACUGAUGUGGCUGCCCAUUUGGAGCGCACACUUGCAGAGCGUAAUAAUUCGAUAACGGAGCUGGAGGAGCGCUUGGUGGAGGUAUCUAAAGUGCGUAACGAGGAAAAUCGCGUGGCACAGGAAAAGAUCGCGGACUUAGAGGGAAAAUAUAAGGCGAUGCACGAUCAGUUAACAUCGGAGAUCAAGUUGCUCAAUGGCAAAUUGAAUUCGCUGGAUGAGUUUCGCAUUCAGCGCGAUGUGCUGCUCGCCAAGUUCGAUGAUCAGGAGUCUGAGAUUAAGGAGAAGGAGAAGUAUCACAAGGAAGCGCUCUACAACAUGGAACAAGCAGCUGUCGUGGAGAAGGAUGCACUUAAGAAGGAGGUGGAGGCAAAGCUGCUGCAAGUUUCGGAGGAUUUUACUCGUUCCAGCGAGAUUCGCAAUGCGGGCUACACGCGUCGCCUGAUUCGCGAGAAUAUCGCGCUGCAGAAGGAGAUCGAUAUGCUGGUGAUGUCGCAGAUCAAGAUACAGCAGCAGUACAACAACCAGAAGGAGAAGCACAAGGAGAUCAUCGAGCAGUACAGCGCCUUGGAUCAGAUCAAGAACGAGCUGGUGCGCAACUCUAUCAAUAAGAUCAAGAUCAUCGAGGGAUUGACGCACAACUACGAGACACUCAAGGCCAAGUAUGUGGAGGCGUUGCAAUAUCGUCGCGCCUAUGAGGAGCAACAGAAAAACGAGCAGCAGUUAGAUGAGACCAACAAGGAUGCAGCUGGUAAGGUGAGAUCGCUGUGUCGUCGCGUCGAGAACAUGAUGCUGGAGAAGAAGCACUUGGAGGCAAUGCACGAUCAGCACGAGGGCGAGAUUGUGCGACUGCGCGGCAUCAUUCAGCAGAUCAAGGCAACGGUGCGUGAUGCCAUCAUCACCCAACAGGGCGUCACGCUCUUCCCCGAGCGACUGGAGGAGGCCAAUGUGGAUGAGCCACAUGUCAUCCAAGAGGUGCGCGAGGAAGCUCUCUCCAUGAACAAACUGGCACGCAUUGAUUUGCUUACCCAGCUGAUGAAUAUCGUUAGUUCGCAUUCGGCUGAGCUGCCCAAGACUCCAUCUAUAGAAACGAUUGAAACCGCUACGUCAGAGUUAUACACUCCCGGCAAGAUGGGCUUCAUGCCACACAAGCCACGGCCAGCUGUUUGCGAUCUCUUCGAGACCGAGGUGCGCAAGCCGCUGCCCGAUCUUCGUGUGACGUUGCCCGAUUGUCUGCUCAAGGGACAGGUUCAGGCUGGCGAUGUUGAGAAGCGCGGCGAACGCGCCAACAUUAUUGAUGUGGAGAUGGGCACCACGUUGUAUGUGUCCUCAUCUCGCGAGGAUGACAUAGUCGAAAUGGACGAGGAGCCACUUGAAGAGCCCGAAGGCUCCAGCUCUUCUGUAUCGGUGAAGAAGGAGAGCAGCGAGGGCAGUGCAGCAGCUCCAGCUAUUAUGCCGCUUACUAAACAGGAGGAUAAGAUUAUUGACACCAAAUCUGCGCACAGUGUGACCACACUGGGCACCACCUCGGGGCCCAUGGGCGAGGAAGAGGAACUGGAUGAAGAGGACGAGUUUGAGAUACAUCUCUUCUAUUAGCACUUUUAUUGCGUGUUGAAAAUACUUACAA